AACGUGGAAAGGACGUUGCUACCAGCGACGAAUGGGGUACCAGCAGCUCCAGCUGCUCGUGGUAUUAUGGCUGUGGCAUGUUGGGGAGUAAUUAGAACAAGUGCCAAGAUGAAGUUGCACAACUAGAGCUACGCAGAGAGAGAGGACAAAACUUCGUUGAGAUCUUCAACUUCAUCAUCUUCCCCAUCCACAUCCCGGCAAUAGCAAUUCUUGUCUAAAUCUAAUCCUCCGCGGCCGCAAACUACAGCGCAGCUGCCAUCAAAACCAGUGACACCUCCAGGAGGUGGGGCCUUAGAGAGUAAGAUGGAAACUCAGUCUACCUCUGUGCCAACAGUAAUGAUGGGAGCAAAUGCUGCAACGCCUGGAUUACCAGCACAACAAACGAAUAGUGCUCCACCUCCAACUGCGAAGCCACAACCCGUAUGGCUUUUUGUUUUUCUUGUACUCCCAAUUUUACUUUCAUUCCAAUCUCGUCUCAAAGCUCGUUCCUAAAGGGAAUAAAUACUCGACGUAAAGAAAAUGACGCAGAGAUCACCCGGCUCCCCGUUCCUCGCUCUAACAACUCCCGCCAACACCACGCCGUCUUUGAAUAAGGCUGCUAUGGAUGCGGAUCUGUCGGAGGCCAAAUGGAUGGCGAAUCAUAUCCAGAGGCAUAUGGCUGCUCAGUCCAGUUCGUCUUUGCAGGUGGAUCGACUUACGCGAGAAGUCGAACGGUUGAAGUUAAGCCUGGUGGCGAAAUCCUCAAAAUGAAUACUCGUCAGUCUGAGGGACAGGGUGGAAUCAAAACUUCUAUUUUUGCUCGAUAUCAGAAACAUCACAAUCACUCUCGAAAAGCAACUAGGGCCUACUUCUAAGCGCAGCGGAAUCAGCUAUGUUGAGGCAGGAAGUAGCAUCAGAGAAGCACAAAGCGACAAUAUGGCAGGAACAACUGCAGCAGCAAGAGGGUGCUUGGAAAUCAGAGAAAAGCUCUUUAGAGCGCCAUCUUAAAGGCGACAAGGACCGAGAAACUCAGUUACAGGCACAGAUUCGAGAAUUGCAAGAAAACUGUCAGGCACAAGUGGAAGCGUUCAGGUAUUUGUAUCGAUUCCUACAGCUGCUUUAUUUAUUGAGUCGAUUUGUUCGCCCUAAAUUCGGGUGAAAAAUGACUCGGCGAGGAAUGAAAGCGACAACAGAGCAUCUUCUCUCUUCAAAUGAGUUUAACUGCCAAAGUUUUAAUUUCAAAUUUCGAGAUAUUUGAGCUAAACGAAAUUUUUUGAUUUUAUGUGAAAAUAGAUGAAUUUCAAUGUAGACGGCUUCGUUUACAUGUGAUUAGUAUGUCGUGACAUGUCUAGGAAAUGUGAACUUUUAAGGUAGUUCCAGAUUUCAAAAGCAGUCUCUAUCGUAAAAUUUUGAUUUUAUCGUAAAAUAAAUCGAUUAAAAUCUAUACAGGUCCAUUUACAUUCAAUCAGUAUUCGGUGGCAUGUCUAGGUUUUGAAAUUUCAAGAUCGUAAAAUUUUGAUUUUAUUCCAAAAUAAAUCAAUUUAAAUCCAGAGAGUCACGACGGCAGCAACAAGCAAAAAGAAACAAAUAUGUUCACUUUUCUAAUCAACGUCCAAACUCCACAUUAAUCUUUCCAAAAUCAGGAAUAAGGAAGCCUUGCAAUCCGAGUACCUCGACCAAGUUCGUGGUGAAGUGGAGAAGCAGAAACGCUCGGCAACAACAUUGGAAGCCGAAAAUUAUGAUCAGUGGAAAAAUACUAGUACAACUACCAGUGUUGUGAUCUGUUGUGAUCCUUCAAUUUUUCAUUAUACUAAGUGAGUGUGUGAUACUACCAGAAGCAGGUACUACUAGGUUGCACCAUCGAAAAGAAAAAGACCUCUUCAACUUCAUCUCCUGAUCCUUCUCCUACAUAACAAAAAAAUUUCAGAAUCAGCACUUACUUCUCCUCCUAGUCCCCUUCUAAUGUCCAGCAGAGUUGCGAGAUCAAUUGCAGAAACAAAAGCGAGAGUCUGACGAUGCCUUGCGGGAAUUGCAGGGGGAAAAAGAUCGGGCGGUUUGGAUGGCACAACAAGACGAGAGCACGAAAUUAGUCGAAAAAGAAGCUGCUUUUGAAAAAACCAAGGCGGAUCUUGACGAAAGGGUAUUAUUGGCGAUUGAUGUGACGUUGUGGUCGUGGAUACAUGAUGAUGUGUAAUUUCAACAUCUCCAAGUAUUGAAGAGUAGCGAGUAGAGUUGUAGAGCUGAACUAAGGACAAGGAUUUGCAUGCAAUGAUACUAAGACUCAACCACAAUAAUUCUUUCCACCCCUCCUCGACAACGACCAGGUCCGCACCCUAGAAUCGCAUUUGCAGCGUACUCGGGUCAAAGUUGCGGAGUACGAGACGCAGAUAGCGGAAGCAGCCCGUAGUGCGGAUGUCGACAGAGCUCGGACUGAGACUUUGCGGCAGGCGCUGACUCAAGCCGAGGAACAGAAUAAGCUUCACACUCUCCAGUUAGACCAGACCCGUAGUGCUCAACAGGCGGACACUGAUCAACUGCAGCACAGCCUCUCCCAAGAACGUCUCCUACGCGAAGAAAAGGAACGCGCACUUUUGGCCAAGGAGAGUGAGUAUGCGAGCUUGAAACGCGACAUCGACGCGAAACAAGUCUUGCUACGAGAAGAGCAAGAGCGAGCAGCGUCACAACUUCAACAGCUUGGGGAUCGAGUGAGGGAGCAGCAGAAUGUGAUUUCGCAAAGAGAUCACGAAUUGGCGCAAGAACGCGCAAUGCUGACGCAAGAAUUGGAGUUAAGAACAGGACAUGAGGAGUGCUUUUUUCAAAUUUUUCUCUACUCGUCCCGUCUACCUACCUACUUCUCAACCCUGCUCUAAUCCUCCAAACCCGUUCCCAGCUGCAGGAGGACGCUCACCGGGAGCGACGUGCACUGCAGGAAAACACGCAAAUGUGGCAGGGCAAAUACGAGGCUUUGCAACGCAGGGUCGAGACUGAUACGCAACAGACGCGCGACGACGCGACUAAGGAAAUCGAGGAGCUGACUCGCCGGGUCGAAUCCAGCAUGACCGAAAUCCAGCAA